AUGAAGUGAAAAUUGUGGGUGAAAACACCGAAUCCGAAUCGGUUGUAAACAAAGCGUGAUGGCGGCCGCCGCCGCGUCGCCGUCGCCCAGAGGCACACCAAAAUUUGAAGGAUUUAGUGAAUAAGAUAUACAGUUGCAGGAUUACAUGAAAGCCACCGACACCCCAAAGGCAGCGGAAAAUCGUCACACAUUGCAGUAUCAUCGUGGUGAAAUGAUGGACAAAGUGUUAUACGAGUGGUUCAGCUUGAAAAGAUCAGAAGGAGUCACAAUUACAGGCCCAAUGCUACAAGAGAAAGGGCGUGAUUUAGCUAAGAAUAUGGGCGACGAAGGGGCAUGCCAGCUUUUUGAUGGCUGGCUCCACAGGUUCAAGGUUCGUCACGGCAUAAGGAAGCUGGACAUCUCGGGAGAAUCAAAAUCUGCCAACUUACCCUUGGCUGAAGAGUUUGUUGAUAGGUUUGCGAAGAUAGUUGAGGAGCAUAACCUGACGUCUGAGCAGAUUUGCAACGCCGACGAGACUGGCCUGUUCUACCACUGUCUGCCAAGGACCACACUUGCAAGAGAGUCGGAGGGAGACGUGGAGGGAUUCAAACAGAGCAAGGACAGGCUGACAGUUCUGUGCUGCGCUAACAUGGCUGGUACGCACAAAGUCAAGUUGUGCGUGGUUUGCAAGCACAAGAAGCCGCGCUGUUUUAAGAACAUGAAUUACCUGCCUGUCGAUUAUCGUAACCAAUGAAGUGCUUGGAUGACAGCUGAAAUUUUCCUUGACUGGUUCAAGCAUUGCUUUGUGCCAUCUGUCAAGGAAAAUCUGAAGAAAAAUGGUCUCCCAGAGGACAGUAAGCUAGUUUUAUUAUUAGAUAAUUGUAGAGCUCAUCCACCAGCAGAGGAACUUGUUGUGGGAAAUAUUUUUGCUGUAUAUUUGCCCCCUAAUGUCACAAGUGUUAUUCAACCCAUGGAUCAGGGAGUCAUUCAAAAUUUUAAGAUGAACUAUCGUAAGAGUUUCCUUCGCAAACUUGUUAAUUAUGAGGACAGCACAAUCCCCGAGUUCCAAAAACAGCUUAAUGUUAAGGAUGCAAUAUUCAUGGCUUCACUUGCUUGGCUAGACGUUAAAAGGCAAACACUGAUGCGAUGUUGGCGCAAAUUGUACCCUUUGAUGAUGUGUGAUGAUGAGGAUGAUGAGGAGUUUGAAGGGUUUGUAGGUGGCAUGAAAAAUUUGGUGGUGAGCGAGCUGAGGGAAAUGGGGGGAAAUGUGGAACUUAAAGUGACAGAUGAAGCGUUACAGGAAUGGGUGGACGUGGACGAAAAUCAGGCCGUAACAUUCACUCUCACAGACGAGGAACUUAUCAACGCUGUAGUAGAAGAUCAUUUAGAGAAAAUUAGUGAUGAUAGAGAUGAUGAUGAUGAUGAUGAUAAUGAGCCUAAAGUAACUUGGGAACAGGCUGCGAAACACAUAGCUGGCUUUGUCAGGUUUGCUGAGCAGUGCUCAUACAUGUCAACCCGAGAUGUUAUGACACUUUACUGCAUUGAGAAUGAGGUUUUGCUGCAAAGAAGGAGCUGCAAACAAGGAGACAUUAGAAACUAUUUUAAAGUACCUUGUAAGGGAAAAGAAAUGGGGCAAACAAGUACAGAAUCUGAUGAUGUUGAUGACCCGGAGGGUGUUCAAUGAGAGGUGUGGGGAGCGAAAAAGUGUCACAAACACUCGUACAUUUUCAUAUCUUUAUUGUAUGCUAUACAUGUUGGCUAAUAUUGAAUAAAGCAAAUAAGUGUA